AGCAAACCUAACGCUUGUUUUAUUCAGAUUUAAGCGCAAACAACCGCAGUCAAAUUCCACUGCAUAGCGUAAAUCUAUGCAUUCACGUGAGAGUGCCUCACUAUCUGAUAGGUAAAGCAGUUCAGUAAAUAUAAAGUGAGAAUAAAGUUUCUUCGUACCUUCAAAAGGUCGCAGAAGAACUUGGGGCUGCAGCCAGUCGCCAAUAAGGUGAGCGCUCGCGAUGGUUCAUAACUGUUCGCUUGCGGUCACACGCUUAUAAAACUAUGCGCACCGGCGCACAUCCUCACAUUGAGCUUCUAGCUGUCUCGUUCGUAGCACUGUCUCGGGCGCGCUCGCGCGUGAAAAAAUUUCCAUCAUAAGUUUAAUUGUUUUACUGUGGACCAUAUAUUGUUCGCCCCCAAGAUAAGACGAUCGCAGCGUCGAGUGAGCGACGUGCUAACCCUGUGUCCGGAAAUCGCUUAGGUUACAAAGAACUGCAACCCGUUCGCAAAACCGGAUUGGCCAGCGUUCAAAAGAGCGCAGGGAGGAUGAGAAUCCUGGGGCUGCUAUGCGUCGUGAGCGCGGUGCUGCUGAGCGCAGCUGCAGACUUCAGCAGCCGUUCAUUCGGUGGGAGCCGCACCCGACGUUCUGAGGAGCUAUCCCCUAGCGGUGAGCUCGGCGGGAACCAGCGACCUAUCAUCCACAAUAGGCCUUCAGUUCGGAUAACUAACGCCCACUCGGGGGUUGAUGUACCAGCUGAAUAUUUCGCCAACCAGCGUCGCCGAAAGUUGGUUUCUCCACCAGCGGAGCGCAAGCGAAUUUUGCGCCGUGUCGGACAACGGCGGCUGCCAAGACGUCGGCCAAGCGAACAGAACGCCGAGUCGAGCUCCGUUAACCGCCGCUUCGCUCGCAAGAUCGUCGAAGGGACGCUCAAGAACGUACGCGGGGGCGCUCGCCUGAUCAGCGCCAGAGGGAACUUCAACGUGCCGCUCGUCAACAGACUCAUUGAUAAUGCCACGUUGAUUAGACCAAACAUAGUGGAAGGCUUCAGCUGUGAUGGAAGGAUUUAUGGGUACUACGCUGACCAACUUAACGAGUGUCAAAUUUUCCACAUCUGCGUCCCCUUGAAGCAAAUGUUCCCGGAACGAUUCACCGACCGCGACGUCUACCACUUUUCCUUCAUCUGCCCGCAGUACACAAUCUUUUCUCAGGAUGCGAUGGUGUGCGCAUGGUCUCAGAGCGCAGUUCCGUGCUCUGAAGCUCAUCAUCUGUACGACAUGAACAAAAACUUCUUCGUGGUGUCAAAUGACGUGCCUAAAGAACCAGUGCAAGGAACUCCUGUUUCGGGAUACCCACCGCCUGGCAGUUUUCCUCAAGGCCAGAGCCAAGUGGGAGUUUCUCCAAACUUCCCAAGCAAUCCUGUGCCUAUUUCAGUUGGUAAUUUACCAACGUACCCGACCCCUGGUGCAGGUGGGACACCCGUCAACCCUGUUCCAGUAGGGGUGCCUCCAGCAUACCCGACCCCUGGUGCAGGUGGAACACCCGUCAAUCCUGUUCCAGUAGGGGUGCCUCCAGCGUACCCAACUCCCGAUACAGGUAGACCACCUGUCAAUCCUGUUCCAGUAGGGGUGCCUCCAGCAUACCCUAGUCCCGGUGCGGGGGCAGUGCCAUCCAAUACUGUCCCCGUUGGAGUGCCUCCUGCGUACCCAGCCCCUGGUGGAGCGCCAGAAGGCUCGGGCUCCUCUGUCGCAACUGCCCCUCUUCCAAACUCGAUUCCUGUGGGUACAGGCAUUCAGCCUGGAGCUUAUGCAACCUCAAACAAUAAUGCCCAGCCUUCCGAAGCCGUAGCCUCUGGGUCGUCAGUUGAUCCCGUGGUUUCAGGCGCCCCUCUACCAAAUUCCCAGCCAGUGCCUACCAGAUUCCGAUCAGGCAUUGAAGAAUUCACCGCCAUUGAAUCUGCGGAGACCGGAACGGAGUCAGCCCCUGGCUCCACGACUGAUUACCCUUUAGACGCAACUGAACAGCCAUAGUAUCACAAAAGUGGUAGCAAUUGUGAUAUAAUCUUUGAAAACCUCUUGGCAACUAUUGCAUAUUUACACUAAGGUCAUUGUUUGAAAAUUUCUGUAUGAAAUUUUGGGAUCAGGGAUUCUAACGGAUGUUCUAUUUCAUGUUCUAAGUUUUCGUUAGAAAAGCACUAGAAGUCGAAAAUUAAACUUAAGUGAAACUGCAAAUAGAAAAAUCGCCUUAUUUAUUAUUUUAGUCUUCACUUAUGAUGUUAAUGGAAACUACCUUUAUUGCAAUGUUGAAUGUUUCCAGUUUAGGCAUUAUGAAUGGCAUUAAAAUUAGUCUUAGUUAUAAUUUGUUGUUAUUAAUAUGAAUGCUUGGCUUCAAACAAUAUUCAUGAGGUAGCUGUAAUCAUAGAUUUGUCUUAAAUAUUUUAUAUUGUAACUUAUGUUACUAUUUUAAACAAACUUCACCGAGUUUGUCUCAACAUUUGCCUAUUGAAGAAAGAGAAACUUCAAGUAUUUUAAUUUACUUUUUGUAAUUUACUUUUUAGAAGUUAGAUUAAUGGCCAACCCUGUUUUACACUAGCUUCAUUUUUACGCAGUGUGUGUGAAUUGAUUUCACAUAAGAAAGAAAAAUCUUUUAUAUGGUAUUCUGCAUAAUUAUUAAAUUUAUUGUGUAGAAAAUAUUCCACAAUUUCAGUCAAAUUUUAAAAUUAACCGGCAUCACCCUCUCAGCGUUAUUUAGUAAAUUAGUAAAUUUAGUAGAUUUAGUAAAUAUCAUUUUGAUUCGAAAAUACUCGUGUAAAAGUACAUUAGCCUUGCCAGUUGAAGCACAUUUAGCCAAAAAUAAAGUCGGGUUUUUCGUUCUGGUCCAAGUGAUCCGAACUUUAAUAAUAACUAGAAUGUUAAUUACGGCAUGUAGUUAGAGCACGUUAUUCAGUCAUUCUUGAUGCAUAAAUUAUAGCAGAAUGUAGAUUCCGGUAGUAGUUUUCUCCUUCCACUGUGCAAUAUAUGGUCCAAGACCAAAUAAAUAUGGCUAAAAGCUGA